AUGCCUAAAGCUGCCAGUGACUCAGUAAUUAUAUCGGCAUCCUCCAUAAUAGUCCUGGUCUUUAAGGCACUCUUUGUUGGUUUGGCGAUAGGGGCAGCAUGCCUUGCUGUUCACACAAACCACAGACUUAGGAUAGACACAGAAGGUGACAGUGUUUUGGCAGCCCUUUGUAGGGCAAUAUCCUGUGCCAGUGAUUUUAUUGACCCCUUGGCCAAUAGGGAAUUUGGAAUCUUAGAAGGUCUUCAAAGGUCACAGACAAAUCUCAUUAUAGUUGGGUUGAAGUGUAAUAGUUCAUGUGCAGAUGCAAAUCUGAUUGUCCUCCAUUCCCAUUACAUGCAGUCUGGCCUUGAAGAGCUCACAUACCACCUCUUUGAACUACAGGAAUGUAGAGUGCCCUUGUACACGUCAUCCCAGGAGAAGAAAGAGGCCCAAGGAAUGGGAACCUUUGCUCAAGAUUCUAAAAGGAAUUUGGCAAAUACUUACUUUACUGAUGUUGCUGCCAUUGAAGUGAGCUCUGCUCAGAUGAGGAUGGAAAAGAAAAAGAUGCUGAGGCAAACUCUCCAAGACACUCCCAGUGAAGAAAUGAUAGUAACACAAGAGGCACCAACUUUGGUGCCAUUUGGAGAUGUGGUUGGCUGCCUGGCUGUUCAUAUAAAGACCUGCAGACAAUUUACACGUAGGAUCAUUUCACAAAAUUAUAGUAAUUUAUUCAUUCGUAUCUCUAUAAGCCACAUUGUGAAAUGUACAAAAACUAGAAGCUUGGCGCCCACUGACAUUGAAAAGAAUGCUGUAAUUAAGUUUGAUGAAGUGAAGUAUUUUUCUAUACAGGUUCCUAGACGUCAAGAGGAUGAGAGGAAUAAUAUUUUCUUGGAACUAAUGCAAGAUGGAGAUACAGAAAAACAUCCUCUCUUCUUAGGGAUUGUUGAAGUACAUCUUUAUGAAAUAAUUCAGAAAGGCUGCUUUACUGAAGUAUUACAAGUAUUGAAUAAAAACAAAUUUAUCUGCAGGUUAGAGGUGGAAUUUAUGUUCUCCUAUGGAAGCUUUGGUUAUGGAUUUUCACAUCAGUUAAAACCUCUUCAAAAAAUCGUCGAGCCAUCUAUGUUUAUGAAUAUCGCACCACCUCCAGAAAGAACAGACCCCGUCACAAAUGUAAUCACACCACAGCCAGUAGAAUAUCCAGCGUUCUUAUCCCCAGACCUGAAAGUCACUAUUGGGACUUCAGAUGAUGCUCGCCGCCCGGAUCAGCCUGCAGUGCAGCUGGAAAAGCUUCAGCAGCCACCCCGACAAAGGCUGGAAAAAAUGAAAAAGGAGUAUAGAAAUCUGAAUACAUGGAUAGAAAAAGCUGAGUAUUUAAGAAAUAUUAUUAAUCCAAAAUUGGAUUAUAAAGACUACGAGGAAAGUGAUACAAAUGUGACACUCAAGAGUAGUGAUAUAGAUGAAGAGGAGCCUGAAAAUAUUUCAACACUAGAUUUUCUUCGUACAAACAGUAAACCUGAAAUUACUCCAAGUGAGCUCCUGGAAAAUGAAGAUAAGAAAGGCCUGACUACACCAACUUUGAAACUGCCAGACCAAGAUAGUUCAGUGUCUGUUUCUUACAAAAAUGGCCAAUCUUCACCUGUGGAUACUUUAUUGCCCCCUAUUAAUAUCCCAGAAAGAAGAGUAGAGGGUUCCACGCCAUACUUACACCCAUACAGCUCAUUUUCAGAGGUCAUUCACUUGGACCAAAGGAAAAGUUCAUUGUUCCCACCAGAUGACAACUUAGUCAAAAAAUAUCCAAGCAUUUUAAAAACAAGCUCAUCCUUGCAUCAGGUGGCUUUUGCACAUAAAAAAUAUACUCCACCAGUUUUCAAACCAGAAUAUAUAAAAUUUAGACCAAAAUAUCAGUUUCAGAAGAUCAGCAAGAGUGGUCUUGAUCCUAUUCUGAGGAAUAUAAAUGGCAAAAUGUCGUUCAGAAAAAAGAAGGAUCAGUGCAUAUACAAAUAUUCAACCAUUGGAAGUGCAGAUGUUGUAGAGCAUGAAGAUCAAGACCCUCCUUACCCAAAAUGUGUAAAACCUACAGGGUCUGUUAAUGUAACCUGGGCCAAUAAGCCUGGUCUCAUCACAGUGCAGAUGUUAGACAGGGAGAAUAGGCUCUUCCCUAAUGCUGCUGGCAACACACUUAAGGCUUCGGAGUCAUCAUAUGGGCAAGAUCCUACUGUCAUGUCCAGGAUUUUAGAUGCUAAUACUAAUAAUAUGUCAUGUGAUUAUACCACCAGAACAAAGACUUCAGAGAGUAAGAAUAAGUUAUUGUGUGAUCCUUCCAUCACAGGAAUAAAAAUUACAGGUACUAAGAAGCAGUUAAAACUUGUUCCUAAUAUCACAAUGAAAACUUCAGAUAUGCAGAAUAAGUUACAAGAAAGACUACCAACUGUAUCUUUACCGAACUUCAAAGGAGAGUCAUCAAUGACUGGAAAUAUUAACACAUAUCGCCCCUCAAAGUCAUUAGAUUUUACCUCUGAUAUUGAAAAUUUAAAACAAUCAAUGGUACUCAAGUCAAUCUUAAGUAAAAAUCUGCAAGACCUUUCAGACCAGUUAUUUUCCAGACCAGAAGUGUAUAUGGACAUGGAAACAAUCAGGAAAAAUAGUUCUUCCCUUUCAGGCAUUCACAAUAAAACAUCAUGUGGUAUGGAAGAUAGAGCAUUUGAAAUAAGCCAAAAUUUAAACAGAUGGCUUUCAUCAAAAGACAUUUUAAACUCACAGGCUCUCUUAAGUCAAGUAAUUAAAAAUAUUGUUACAGAGUUGCUUCCAGAAGGUGGAGAAGGAAAACCCCCAGAGGAAGAAAGUGUCUCUAAAAAACAACUGGGGGUGGAUGAAGGAAAAUUUCCAAUGAACAAAAAGAGUAGCUUCAAAAAGAAGCAUUUAAUAACUGGAUUAUCUAGCAAACCAGGUUUAAAUGUCAGUGUACAAGACUAUGACAACUUUAUAAAGCAAAUAUUCACUGCACCCAUUUUCUCUCAAUUGGGGAUAGGCGUGCAGGAACUGAGUGAGGCACAGAUGUCCCUGAAGGGCCAGUUGUCCACACCUUGGGACAGAAACGUAUCUUUCAAUAGUCUUAACUAUGGAGAGAGCAAUGACGAGAUACAUUUGUCACAACCCACAUCAGUUGUAAGCCAAAUAAUCCAGUCCUUUCCCAUAGAUUCUCUUUUAGAAUCUGGCAUAAUCAAGGUGGUAGAACUGGAUAAAGAACGCCAGAGCUCUCUGCUGGACACAGAGAUCACCUCUCCUGAGAAAGAACCAAAGAACUCCAUCGGGGAUUACUCAGAUGUCAAAAGUAAAACUCAGGAUCUUUCAGGACAGAAUAUACCUGUCACUUCCCAGGAAAAGACUUUAGUAGGUAGAGUUGGAUUUACAGAAGGCAGCCAAAAUAUGUCAUUACAAGAUUCGAAAUAUUCAAUACGAGAUAGAAAGACACAUUUGCCAAGUGAAGGUCAGAAGCUUGACAGAGAAGAAAGUAGUCUAAGUUCUACUUCAGAAAAUGUAAGUAACUCAUUGGAUGAGUCUAAUGAGUCAGAUUCGACAGUGUUAAACUCCUUCCUGAAAAAUAUCUUCAAUAUUUUUUUCAAAUAUAAUCAGUCUAAAAGAAAACAACAACCAGAAAAAGAGUUAGAAAGACUAAUUCAGCAUUCUUUUCCAAGUGGUGCAAAACACUUUGAAGAAAUCCAAGGGAGUUUUAGUAAAGCAGACAAACUAGAUAAAAAACCCAUUUUGAGUCCAAAGCUGCGUAUGUUUCUAGAAGAACUCUCAGAUUCAGAAGUAAAAAAUUUAAAGUCUGAGUUAAGUAAACAUAUCCAGCAUUACCUUCUGGAAAGACUUUCAGAAUCGGGUCACAUCACCAAGGAGGACUUGCCAAAGAUCUACCAAAAUCUGUAUUUGAUGCAUGAGAAAACAGAACAGAAAGAGCAAAACGUUUUUCAGGAGAAAUAUUCAGAAACUGUAAAAGAAAUCAUGUCUUUUGUGAAUAAUUUUAAUGAUCAUUUCAUAGAUAAACACUUAGAAAUAAAGCUAAGGUCUUUUUUAAAUGAAAUUCUCCAAAAUUAUUUCCUUAAGCACCUUUCAGAGAGCACUUUAUUUAGUGAGACAGAACUUAUGGCUAUACGUUCAAAUAUAUCUUCUCUCAGAACUAAAAGUGCCUCUGCAUCUUUUAGUGGGUUAAAACAAGACAUUUCAAGGGGAAGUUUUGGUAAAAGGCUUGAAAUAAACAUGAAAUAUCCUUUAAGUCAAUCUCUACAAAAUUAUCUUAGAACCUUAUCUGGAAGUGAAUUGUUAAAUCUAAAAGCUGACUUAAGCAAAUACCUCCAGAACCUUUUUAUGGAAAAACUUUCAAAAUCAGGACUAAUGACAGAAAGGCAAUUAAAGGGGAUUAACAAGAAUAUAAAUGUAUUUAAUUCUAAUUCUACUCCCAUGCACCUGGACUUUGUAAAACCAGACUUAUCUUUUAGAGAGGAGAAUUACCUUGUGAGGGAGCAAAAUAAAGUUUCAAAAGUUGAUCAAGAGAGCACUUUACAAAAGGCUCCUGAGGAUAACUAUAGAGAAACAGAACCAAUCAGAAAGGAAGAGACAGGAAAUCCUUUCUUAGAAAAUUUAGAAGAAAAUCCAUCAACUUGUGAACAGAAAGAUUAUUCUAAAGAAGGUACAACACUAAGUCUGAUAAAAGCACAGUCUUCUUCCAACAAAAAUUUCCAGGUAAUUCCAUUAAAUAAGUCAUCAGAAAGGCUUACAGAUGUAUUGCUUAAGAAACACAAGAAAGAACAUGGUCUCAUUCAAGUUCCUCAAGCAGAAAGUUCUGUUUAUACAACAGAGAUUGAAGACCCAUAUACUUAUGAUGAUCAAUCAAAACUAGUUCAACCAAAAGCUUGCUUUGAAAGGACACUAAAGGUGAGGCCACUUGGAAGAGGGGAGAAUAGUAAUGUUUAUAAAGUGUUUGUUCAGGAAACACCUGAAGCAGGAUUGUUAACAUUUCCAAAAAUAUCAAACUGCAAAAUAUCAAGGGAAGAUGAAGAAUGUUGUACACUCACUUUCCCUACCUGGAACACUAACACUUUAAUUCAUGUCAAUUCAGACAGUGAGGAACAAUCAAAAUUAGACCGGUAUUGUCAGAGAAUGAGAGGAAAUAACAACAACAAUAAAAAACACAUGGUAACAUUUGCACAAUUUAAAAAUGAAAUGGAAACUCUUUAUAUAAACCCAUAUGAAAGUUUCAGUGGAAAAUAUAACCAGAUCCAUGAAUCACAAUCACUUCAAUAUAAAGAAGAUAAGAAAAACUCAAGAUCGUUCUUCUUCCCAGAUGUAUUAAAGAGAGAAACCAUGAAACCCAAGACUCGAAAAGAAAAAGACCAUGUCUCCAAACCGAAAAAGCCAUUUCACAAGCUAGCAAGGGUACUACCAGCUGCAUUGCCUACCACAAGAACUCAUCUGCGAAAGUCUAUUCCAAGGACUUUGCUCCAUUGGACUGACAGAAGAACUAUACAUGAUUGUUUUGAGAAAUUCGAGGAUUUACAUGUGCCCUCAAUUAAGCGUCCUAAAAAACCAAAGUCAAGAGCAAGACUUUUAGGGAAGAGUCCAGAUAACGUCCAUAACCAGGCCAAACACUGCACAAGACCGUACACUGCUCCAGAGCCUAACAAACAACGAGAAAGCACCACUGGGAAAUUUUCAAGUCCUCGAAUGGUUUCAGCAGGCUUAGUUCAUAUAAAUGAUAUAGUCUCAGACAAUGUGUACAACACAGCCAGACCAUCUUAA